AUGAUGCAUCGACAGGGUUCUUCUGUGCAGGUUUCUUCUUGUCCUGUGCCUCAACGGUUUCUAUCGUACAAUGAAAAUCUUGAAGCUUUUCUGUUGUCCAGAGCUCUCACGGCUGAUAAAGAUGUUGAAACCGCGCAGCUUAUCGAAGGGAAGGUCGAUUGGAAAGGCAAAACCGCAAGAAAAGACAAGCAUGGAGGAACCAGCACUUCUUUACUCGUCUUAGGUGCAUUUGUAUUCGAGAGCAUGGCAACAAUGGCUCUUGCGGUCAAUCUCGUGACCUACUUUGUCGGGGUGAUGCACUUCGACUUAUCGGAAGCAGCCAAUCAGCUGACGAACUACAUGGGCACUAGCUACAUAAUCACACUCCUAAUCGCCUUCUUAGCAGACACCUACGUUGGCAGAUUCAAAGCCGUUCUUCUCUCAACAACGGUCGAGUUCUUGGGACUUGCACUGCUGGCACUGCAAGCCCACUACCCGAAACUGAAGCCACCACUCUGCAGAAUCUUCGAUCCGACUUCCCACUGCGUGAAAGUCGGUGGGGCAAACGCUGCACUUCUAUUCGUGGCUCUUUACUUGGUGGGGCUGGGCUCUGGCGGGGUUAAGGCGGCACUACCGUCUCACGGUGCAGACCAGUUCGAGGAUAAUGACCCGAAGGAGGCUAGACAAAAAUCGAGCUACUUCAAUUGGCUUCUACUCUCUUUAUGCAUAGGAGCUGCAAUUAGUUUGACCUUUCUUGUAUGGAUACAAGAUCAUAAGGGAUGGGAUUGGGGUUUCACAAUCAGCACUAUUGCUAUGUUGUUCGGUAUAAUCGUAUUCGCCGUUGGAUUACCUCAGUAUCGUAUACAUGUCGUUAAUGGCAGCAGCGCCCUCACUGAAAUCGUACAGGUGUUCGUUGUAGCCAUUCGUAACCGAAAGCUUCGACUUCCCGCGGACACUAAUGAGCUGUACGAGAUUAGCAAAGAUAAAGAAGCUGCAAUUAUCCAAUCAGAGUUUCUACCCCACACUAAUAUUUUCAGGUUCUUGGAUAAAGCAGCAAUAAUCCAAACACCGGAAUCGCAGGGGCGAAUUAGUCAAUGGAAACUGUGCACAGUUACACAAGUCGAAAACGUGAAAAUCCUACUAAACAUGGUCCCGAUCUUCUGCUGCACAAUCAUCAUGACACUAUGCUUAGCUCAGCUCCAAACAUUCUCCGUCCAGCAAGGCGUCACAAUGGACAAAACCAUCGCAAACAAUUUCCAAAUACCGCCCGCGUCCCUCCCCAUAAUCCCAAUCAUGUUCCUAAUCAUCAUCAUCCCGUUAUACGACCAAAUCAUAGUCCCGUUCAUCCGUAAAUUCACGGGCAUACCAACGGGCAUAACCCACCUCCAGCGCAUCGGAGUCGGGCUGAUCCUCUCAUCCCUGUCAAUGGCGGUCGCAGCCGUGGUCGAAGUGAAGCGGAAACGGGUCGCCGGGGACCACGGCAUGCUGGACGCGGUCCCACUGCGGGACCCACCGAUCCCGAUCAGCGUAUUCUGGCUGUCGUUCCAGUACUUCAUAUUCGGGAUAGCGGAUAUGUUCACGUACGUCGGGCUGUUGGAGUUUUUCUACUCGCAGGUGCCGCAGGAUAUUAAGUCGAUGUCGAGCUGUUUCCUCUGGACUUCGAUGUCGUUGGGGUACUUCUGCAGCACGAUAUUGGUGAAGAUUGUGAACGCUGCGACGAAGGAUGUUACUAGAAGUGGCGGGUGGCUUGGCGGGAAUAAUUUCAAUAGGAACCAUUUGAAUCUGUUCUAUUGGCUGCUUUCUUUGUUGAGUCUGUUGAAUUUCUGUAUCUAUCUGUUUGUAUCUACGAGGUAUAAGUACAGGGAGGAGAGGCAGGAAAAAAGUACGAGUGAUGAGAGUAAAAUGCAUGAGCUGCAGAAUUUGGAGAAUUAAUGUUUGAUUUUUUUUUACCGU